AUGGAGUCUCCUCAAACAAAUUCCAAAUUCGAAGCAGAACAAAGCUCCAAAUCCGAAGAAGCAGCUCAAAUUUUCAAUGGCGAAGAAGUAGAAGUUUCAAUUCCACUUCCCCACGACCCUACCGGAACCGCUCUUCCCUCUGAACCGGACGAUUCGGUGCCGCAUGAGCCAUCCAUUGUAGUCGAGCAACAAAACGAUGCCGAAUUGGAGAAAUCAGAUGCGGCGAUGGAUGUUGAUCGACCCGGAUCCGACUUGAAGAUCGAAUCCGACUCAUUCUCCGAAGAAGGUCCAACUGCUUCUUCCUCCGACAACCCUAAAUCUCCGAAACCGGAGCCUUCCGCCACCCAGAACGGUAGCGCAAUGGAAGAGGACGAAGGAGACGACGAGGAAGACGAGCCAUUGCCGAAGAAGCAGAAGCAGCUAAAUUCUCUCACUUCAGCCGCCGUGAAGGUAGAGGACGAGCCGGAGCAAGUAGCAAUGGCCGUGGAAGAGACAGCGACUCCGAUUGUCAAUGCGGCGGCUAAGAAAUCGAAAUCGAAGAAGAAGAACAACAACGUCUGGGUGACGAAGAGCACACGAAAGGGGAAGAAGAAGAGCAAAACCAAUACGCCGAAUUCAGCUGCCGUAGAAGACAAAGUGCUGAUAACUCCGGUGCCGAGGUUUCCCGAUAAGGGUGACGACACGCCCGACUUGGAAAUCUGCCUCUCGAAAGUGUACAAAGCUGAGAAAGUUGAGAUUAGCGAAGACAGACUCACUGCAGGGAGUAGCAAAGGUUACAGAAUGGUGAGAGCUACGAGAGGAGUUGUGGAAGGAGCUUGGUACUUUGAGAUCAAAGUUGUGAAUUUGGGUGAGACCGGUCACACGCGGCUAGGUUGGUCGACUGAUAAAGGAGAUUUGCAGGCUCCGGUAGGGUACGAUGGGAAUAGUUUCGGGUUUAGGGACAUUGAUGGUUGUAAGAUACACAAGGCUUUGAGAGAGAAGUAUGCAGAGGAAGGGUAUAAGGAAGGUGAUGUGAUUGGAUUCUACAUAAAUCUGCCUGAUGGUGAAUCGUUUGCUCCAAAGCCACCGCAUUAUGUGUGGUAUAAAGGUCAGAGAUAUGUAUGUGCACCUGAAACUAAAGAGGAGCCUCCUAAAGUCAUACCAGGCAGUGAGAUAUCGUUCUUCAAAAACGGUGUAUGUCAGGGAGUUGCAUUCAAGGAGCUUUUUGGGGGUCGUUACUAUCCUGCGGCGUCUAUGUACACUCUCCCUGAGCAGUCAAAUUGUGUCGUGAAGUUCAAUUUCGGCCCUGAGUUUGAAUUCUUCCCUGAGGAUUUCGGUGGGCGUGCAACCCCGAGGCCUAUGUGGGAGGUUCAGUAUCAUGGAUACAAUGGUAAACUUGAAAAUAAUGGUUCUGAUGAUAUGAUGAAGGGUUAG